UCCGGCCACCCACCACACGUCGCCAAGUGUAUUUCUUCGUUUGCAUUCACUGCAUCCCCCACACACGCAACACACGUAGAUACACAGACCACGCCGGGAAAAACAAGAGGUACUGAACAUCCACGAGAAGGUAAGUCAUUCUUUCGUAAGGACCAACUAGCCUAAUCCUCUACAUCACCAUGAGUCUGGAAGCAAUCCUCGGCAAGACCCUCGUCAAGAACGAUGAGACCAAAGUCCAGGUCAGCUCCCUGGCCGAGGGAAGCAGCGACAAGGUGGUCGGCCUCUACUUCUCUGCCCAUUGGUGUCCGCCAUGUCGCGCAUUCACACCCGAUUUAGUCAAGUGGUACAACAUCUUCAAGGCGAAGUCCAGCAACAGUGCCAACUUGGAGCUCGUCUUCGUCAGCGCAGACAGAGACGAAGACUCCUUUCUGGAUUACUUUAAGACGAUGCCUUGGCUGGCAGUGGAGUACGACAAUGACGACAAGGCACCAUCAGAUGUCCAGAAGGCAUUCAAGGUGUCAGGAAUCCCUUGUCUGGUCUUUGUGGAUGCGAAAACAGGACAAGUUAAUACCAGGGACGGACGGACAGUCGUAACCACUGACGCUGAGGGGGCAAAGUUCCCCUGGAAAUAAACUUAAAUUGAAGAUUCUGCUGAUAACCUCCGACACCUGCACCUUUACUGACGAAAUUAUUACACGGAUGUAGCAUCAAAGGAUUUCAACCCCAAAAAUCAUAAUGCAUUUCAUAACAAACGGUUUUAAUUGCUUUUCAUAGACCAACUCGCCCGCUCCAAGGCAACAUGUCCCUUUAAGAUUUAAUCUCCCUUUUUGGGGAUGUUGUAUUUUUAUGGUCAAAGGGUCGGGUUAUAUUUUUGCACAAUUUUUCCUCUUAGAAAUAAUGGUUAUUAAAGAGCUCAGAGCUGAAUAUUUUCAACAAUGCACUAUUUGCCUUAUACUGUAUAUUAUGAAAACAUAUCAAAUUGAAUCAAAAUACCAAAUCAUUUGGGUUAAUUGAAUUUAUUCAUUUGCAUAGAUAUCAAUAAAAUAGAAGUUGUUGAUUUUAUCAAAGUAA